GCGCACACCGAUACGUAUCGCGACCGGCUGGUUCGAACACGCGCGCGCACGCACGCACUGCCCAUAUAUCGUUUAUUGUGUGAUAUAAUAUUAUAAUAAAUCGUAAUUAGAAUAUUUUGUCCCUCUCACAGGGCUUGUCGACCGAGAGAAUUUUUCGCGUUCAGUGUCGUUUAUUUAGUCUUUUUGGUCACGUGCCACGCGGGUUUGAGAUUCGAAUUUCAAACGUGCCCGUCGCAGUAUAUAGUUUUCCAAAUGUCACUUGCGUACAGACAACUUAACACGAUAAUAAUUAUAUAGAACCAUAAUAUUUUAAAUUUACCCGUUGUCGAAAAGUUCAACCGGUUUUUAUCGAUUUUCCACCCCUCCGAUGAGUUCGCGGUCGGUCGGCUGUGUGAAAUAAUAUUAUCGACUGUUUGUAACGAUCGUUAAUUACCUACGACCAUCCGUGUUGCCAUUGUUUCCAUUACCCGUUCGGUGCAUUUACCUGUCGACGUUUUGGAUAAUACCACAACUGCACUCGGUGCGCGGGACGAGCUAUAAACCCCGUCGAAGAAACGCAUCCGUGGUUAUAUGGAGGAAUUGCAGAGACGACUCCCGGUCGGUUAGGUUAGGAGGCAUGACCGGAUCGUUGCGUCUGAGCGCUCUGCUGUUGCUGUUGCUGUCCCGCUGGGCGUCCGCGGACCUCGAGAAGGGCGAGGACGAGUUCGUCCGCAGCUGGGUCAUCAUCGAGGAACAGCUGGUGCCGCCGUCUAGGGACGAACUGCUGGCCACCGGUGGCGUGGGCACCACUGGCGGUGGCGUCAGUGGUGGUGGCGUGGGUGGUCGACGGAUCACGCCUAAGUCGGUGUUCGUCGCGCCGUCGUUCAACAAGUGUUCGGACGGUUAUCGACCCGACAGCAUGGGACGAUGCGUCAAGGUGGUCAAGAUCAACCAGGCGGCCCAGUGGGACUUUUUGAUCAAGCAGCUGAACUCUAUGUACGGCGCCGGUGCAAACGGCGGAGGAUUCCCGAUGUUGCCGGGCGCCUCUGCAUAUCAGCCGGCCACAACCACGACUACAGAACCGCCAUCUCAGAAGACCGACAGCCCUGGACCGUUUCAGUUGAACAUACCGUUGGGUGGCGUCGGUGUCAGUGACGUGGACAACCAAACGAUGGACCCCGUGGACGAACUCACUACCGGCACUACCACUACGGCGGCCGUGCCCACUACAACCAAUCCAACUACUACUACUACUACCACUACUACUACUACUACUUCUACCGUCGCCUCCACGACCGUCGAGGAUGACAACGACGUCGCCACCACCGACCAUCUCGUUACGACCACGGUUGACGGCGACCCCGACGACCGCACUGCCGCGACUGUUACUGCGACCGCUGUCACGACAGAUACGGCGGAUACCGCCAGACCGCGACCUUACCGUAAUCGUUACCAGACGACGCAUGCUGAGGACGCCAUCACAGUCACUCCGCUUUCUUACGACUCGACUACCACCGUGACGUACGCUAAAACAAAGUACGCAGACAGCAGUACAACGACCAUCGCCGGGACGGAAGACCCGCCUCAACAAACCUUCAAGACGACUGCCAGUGCGUCGCUCUCAUCUUCGUAUUCGUCACCCGUAGUUACCACUACCGCGGUUGACGUGACGGAGACUGACAAUCCGGUGACGGCCGCGACUCCGCCUGAAACCGAAGAAGAGGACGUAGUAACCGUACUAGCUGUGGCUGCCGCCGCAGUUGACGGUGACAGCGGUAAUAGUAGACCGGUUAGUACCACGCGGUUGCCGUACACAACGGGUGGAAGGACUCAAUCAUCGGUCACAGACACAGUUACGCCCGAGUACUACGAUGAUCAACCGGAAGAGCCAACGUCCUCGCCGGAACCGGAUUGUUCGGCCCCGAAUGCUUAUCGGUAUUACGCGGUGUGCGCGGGUUUCCGGCAGCAGCAGCAGUUUGAACAGCUCCAACAGCAACAGCAGCUGCUCCAACAACACCAGCAGCAGCAACAGCUGUAUCAGCAACAGCAGCAGCAGUUCUAUCAACAGCAACAGCACAAUCACAUGGCCACCGAGUUGGUCAAGCGCCCGGCCGUCGGCGGGGGCGUGCAAGUGCGGUUCCCAGGAGACGAAGACCCUGUGUCGGCGACGGUGGCUGACAGCGCGAACCUGAUCAGGUUCCCCGGACCAGCCCCAUAUAGGACCACCAACAAGAUGUACGAGAGCAGCAGGCAUCCCACAUGGUGGCCGACGGGAUGGCCGGAUCAACAGCAACAGCAACAACAACAGCAGUACCCCGACGACUCGGUGCAGCAGCAGCACCGGCUACAGCAUCACCUGCCCCAGCAGAAACAGGACGUCCGACUCUGGGAAUUUGGGUCCAGACUUCCGAAAACUACGUCGACCACGACGAUUGUCCCAGCACCCCCAACACAGUGGUACCAUAGAUUUUUCUGAACGAGUAUACCUAUGCGGCUGCGCCUUUCCGACCAUCAUAAUACUUACUCAUAUUAUUAUAUUUUCAUUUUACGCUAAAUAUUUUAUAAUUAUUCACACCCCACGCCGUUCAAUUAAUAUAUUAUUUUUAUCCUUUAAAAAAAAAUAAGUUUUUACUCAGUAUUUUGGCACUAGUUUAUUCAUUAGUUAGUACUUAUUAUUAUUAUUAUUAUUAUUUUUAUUAUUAUUAGUAGUAGUAGUAUUGUAUUUUUGUUGCCAUAUUAACGUAGAAUAAUAUCAUUAUUAUAAUAUUAUACUCGUGUUUAUAUUUUAUUUCAAUCACAUGCGUUUUGUUUAUAGUUUCAGCUUCAACUGCGUAAAUAAUUUAUAGCCGUAUUGGUAGCAAGUAUAGCGUAUAAAAAUCCUAUAUACAUAUACGUAUAUGCCUAUGUAUUUUACAAUGCAUUUACACAUAUAUAUCGAUAUUACGAUUUACGAGUAACGGAAAAAAAAAUUGCCACACAUUAAUAUUAUAAUAUAUCACA